AGAAAAAAUUAAAAAGAGAAAAAUUCUUCAGGUAAAAGUUUGGUAUCAGCUGGUUGACGAAAUUUGUGAUACUCGCCGAAAGAUAUUGAAAAUUCAUAUCUUUGCCAACAUGAACAAGUUCUCAAAUGAUGGAUCUUUCCUCGAGAAAUUUAAAGAAAUGAAUGGCGCUGUGUCGGAGAACAAGCCAAAAACAAAUGUGGAAGUUAAUCAGCGUGGUGGAAAUUCUAAGAAUUCCUUGAGUCGAGCUUUCAAACAGAUGAGCCAAGAUAAAAUUUUGAGCAAGCCUAAGCUAGUUUUUGAUGAUGUGGAUCGUCCUGUGACAUCUUUGUCAGAGGCAGAUUUCAAUGCAAAGGAAGAGUUUAACGAGUAUGAUGCUACGCUGCCCGAUGUUUAUGUGGAACCAGUUACAGCGAAAACUCACGUUGUCAUCGAUAAACUAAUAGAAUCAAUUCUAGAGUUCGGCGAUGACAUGGAACGGAUAAUUUUCAAUGAUCAGAAAGAUGAUCCUGAAUUUUGGUUUCUUCACGACAAGAAAUCACAAACGUACAAGCAUUUCCAAAAAAAGCUUGCAGAUGAGCGUGAAAAAAUGAAAACUAAGAAAUCAGCACUAUUGAGAAAAGAAAAUGAAGUGAAACAUACUACCAGCAUUAAGGCAGAAGUUCCUACUAUAAAUAUAGAUACGCUCGAUGUACCUGUGAUCGACAGUGUGUUUACACCAGAAACCGCUACAAAUAAGUCUAAAUGGGAAGACGAGCAAUCUCACGAAAAGUCGAGGAAACGGAAAAGCAGAUGGGGACCAGAGAGCAGUUCUAGUCUACAGCUAGCCGGCGAUAAUGGAAAGGUAGUUGCUCUGAAUGAUGAUGAUUUUGACAUGCUCAUUGCAAUGGAGGAAUUGAAGAGAGCCGAGCAGGAGGCAAAGCAGAAAAAACUGGCCUGGUCUUUGGCUCAGGGUGUUUCCUAUAACAGCGAUGAAGAGGAUGUUGAGGCAAAUGGAGGAACGAAGGAGCACGUUGAACGGAAGCAGGAAAUGGAGCGGACAGAAUUGAAGGCGAAGGAAGUGACUGAGUUGAACGAGGGACGAACAUUCAUUGGCGACUUCAUUCCGAACGAGGAAUUGCUCAAGUUCAAUGCGCAAGUGGCCAAGGCUAAAGGUCUCCCUAUGACACCUGAGAUGGCUGCUGCUUUGAGCGACACAUCCAACUUCGCAGAUCAUAAGUUGAAACAAGAUAAUAUUGGCUUCAAGAUGUUGCAGAAGGCGGGCUGGAGCGAGGGCAGUGGAUUGGGCACUGCAGCUCAGGGUGUGACUGCCCCAGUAGAUGUGAAUCCGAAUGCAGGAGGCACUAUGGGUCUGGGAAUGUCCCAACAACUGCACCAAGUUUCAUCUAAUGACGAUGACGUGGACAUUUUUCGUAAAAGAAUGAUGAUGGCAUACAAGUAUCGACCAAACCCGAUGAAUAACCCAAGGAGGCCGUACUAUUGAAAUAUUUAGCUGUUUAGUUCAAAACUUAAUAUUAAAUAUUCAGCGAUGCAAUAUAUUGAAGUUAUGUUUGAUGUCAAUGAUUUCUGAAUAAUUGUGUAAA